AAUUCUGAUGUCCCAAUUGACUGGUCUGGCUCAUUUCACGGAUUGGGUUCCAGCCCGUUUGCUCGUGAAAUAGCCGAUAUUUUGUUGGCCCCCAUAGCUGACGAGGACAUCGAGAUUAAACCGGACGGGUUAUUGUAUUUGCCAGAAAUUAAGUAUAGAAGGAUUCUCAACCGUGCAUUUGGACCCGGAGGAUGGGGUCUAGCCCCAAGAACGGAGUCGUUUGUAACUUCUAAACAAAUUAGUAGAGAGUAUGCACUUAUCUGUCACGGACGACUUGUUAGUGUAGCCCGCGGAGAACAAGACUAUUUCGGUGGAGAAGAGAAAAUCACUACUGCUUUGGAGGGGUGCAAGUCAAAUGCCUUGAUGAGAUGUUGUAAGGACUUAGGCAUAGCCAGUGAGUUGUGGGAUCCCAGUUUCAUCAGAGCAUGGAAGAAGAAAUAUUGUGAUGAGGUGUUUGCUGAGCAUGUGACUACCAAGAAGAAGAAGAAGUUGUGGAAGUUAAAGAAGAACAAGACGUUGGACUAUCCGUAUAAGAUUGCUUGA